CGCACCGACGGCGACGUCGGGGUUUGUGUGCGCGAGCGGCCGCCGAUAAAGGUUGGGUGCCUCGCGCCGGGGGCCGUUGGGAGGGCGCGCGCCCCCGCCCCCCUCCCCGGCCCCCACUCCUGCACAGCCGCCGCCGGGGCUCCGCCUUCCCGUCGGCCCCCGCGGGAGGUCUCUGGGUCUCCGCUCGUUCCCCGGGUCCGGACCGCAGGUGUGAUGGUCGGCUCCCACGCUGACAUGGCGCCGGCCUCCACCGCCGAGGGCACCGGGGAGAAGCCGGGCCCCGCCGCCCCGGCCGCGGCCGCCCAGUACGAGUGUGGGGAGUGCGGCAAGUCCUUCCGCUGGUCCUCGCGGCUCCUGCACCACCAGCGCACGCACACGGGCGAGCGGCCCUACAAGUGCCCCGACUGCCCCAAGGCCUUCAAGGGCUCGUCAGCCCUGCUCUACCACCAGCGGGGCCACACGGGCGAGCGGCCCUACCAGUGCCCCGACUGCCCCAAGGCCUUCAAGCGCUCGUCGCUGCUGCAGAUCCACCGCAGCGUGCACACGGGCCUGCGCGCCUUCACCUGCGGCCAGUGCGGCCUGGCCUUCAAGUGGUCGUCGCACUACCAGUACCACCUGCGCCAGCACACGGGCGAGCGGCCCUACCCGUGCCCCGACUGCCCCAAGGCCUUCAAGAACUCGUCCAGCCUGCGGCGCCACCGCCACGUGCACACGGGCGAGCGGCCCUACUCCUGCGGCGUCUGCGGCAAGAGCUUCACCCAGAGCACCAACCUGCGGCAGCACCAGCGCGUGCACACGGGCGAGCGGCCCUUCCGCUGCCCGCUGUGCCCCAAGACCUUCACGCACUCCUCCAACCUGCAGCUGCACCAGCGCACCCACGGGGCCGCCCCCGCCGCCGCGCCCGCGCCCCCACCGGCCAAGGUCUUCCCGGACGCCUACCUGCAGCCGCCCCUGCAGGCGCCCAGCCCGCCCGCGCCCCCGCCGCCCGCGCCCCCGCCCGUGGUGCCCGAGCUCUUCCUGGCCGCGGCCGAAACCACGGUGGAGCUGGUGUACCGCUGCGACGGCUGCGAGCUGGGCUUCGGCAGCGAGGACCUGCUGCUGGAGCACCAGCCCUGCCCGGGGCCCGAUGCGGCGCCCGCGCCCCCCGACGCACCCCCAGAGACGCCCAAGGCGGUCCCAUCGGCCGCAGCCCCGCAACCGCAGCCCCCUCCCGCUGCCGCCGCCCCCAGCUUCGCCUGCCUGCCCUGUGGGAAGUCCUUCCGGACCGUGGCCGGGCUCUCCCGCCACCAGCACAGCCACGGGGCGGCGGGCGGGCAAGCGUUCCGCUGCGGCAGCUGCGACGGCGCCUUCCCGCAGCUGGCCAGCCUCCUGGCGCACCAGCAGUGCCACGUGGAGGAGGCGGCGGCGGGGCGCCCGCCCCCCCAGGCCGAGGCCGCCGAGGUCACCUGCCCGCAGGAGCCGCUGGCCCCUGCCGCGCCCGCCCCGCAGCCCCCCGCCCCGGCGCCGGCGCCCGCGUCCGCCUCCGCGUCCACCGAGCGGCCCUACAAGUGUGCCGAGUGCGGCAAGGCCUUCAAGGGCUCCUCGGGGCUGCGCUACCACCUCCGGGACCACACGGGCGAGCGGCCCUACCAGUGUGGCGAGUGCGGCAAGGCCUUCAAGCGCUCCUCGCUGCUGGCCAUCCACCAGCGCGUGCACACGGGCCUGCGCGCCUUCACCUGCGGCCAGUGCGGCCUCACCUUCAAGUGGUCCUCGCACUACCAGUACCACCUGCGGCUGCACACGGGGGAGCGGCCGUACGCGUGCGGGGAGUGCGGCAAGGCCUUCCGCAACACCUCGUGCCUGCGGCGCCACCGCCACGUGCACACGGGCGAGCGGCCACACUCCUGCGGCGUCUGCGGCAAGAGCUUCGCGCAGACCUCCAACCUGCGGCAGCACCAGCGCGUGCACACGGGCGAGCGGCCCUUCCGCUGCCCGCUGUGCCCCAAGACCUUCACGCACUCCUCCAACCUGCUGCUGCACCAGCGCACCCACUCGGCCGAGCGCCCCUUCUCCUGCCCCAUCUGCAGCCGCAGCUUCGUCAUGGCCGCCUACCUGCAGCGGCACCUGAGGACGCACGCCCCGGCCACCCCUGCCGCCCCCGCCGCCGGCCCCCCAGCCCCUGCCCCUCUGGCUGCCGCUCCAGCCCCACCGGCCACCCAAGAUGUCCACGUGCUCCCCCACCUCCAGGCCACACUCUCCCUAGAGGUGGCAGGGGGCCCGGGGCAGGCCCCGACCCUGGGCCCAGCAGCCCCCAACUCCCAGACGUUCCUCCUGGUGCAGACCGCCCAGGGCCUGCAGCUCAUCCCCAGCAGCGUGCAGCCCCCCACGCCCCCGCCCCCACCCCCACCCCCCAAGCUCAUUCUGUUGCCCUCCUCCAGUACGGGGGCUGGGGGUGGCCAGGCACGGCAGGGCCUGCGGGCAGUGGGCAAGGCCGGGCAGGGGCCUGGAGUAGUCUGGCUGCCCGGCCCUGGGGGGCUGGGGGUGCAGGGAGGGGGCAACGUGGGGGCUAACGGGGCAGGGCAGAGCCUCCUCAUCCUGCAGAACGUGGGCGGUGGGGAGGGCGGGCCGCCGGAAGUGAGUGGGGUCCAGCUCCAGCCCCUGCGGCCAGCCCCGGAAGUGACCACCGUCCAGCUCCAGCCGGCCCCGGAAGUCACCACUGUCCAGCUCCAGCCGGCCCAGGAGGUGACCACGGUGCAGCUCCAGCCGGCCCAGGAGGUGACCACGGUGCAGCUCCAGCCGGCCCAGGAGGUGACCACGGUGCAGCUCCAGCCGGCACAGGAGGUGACCACGGUGCAGCUGCAGCCAGUGGCGGGCCAGCUGCCUAAUCCCAGUGGUGGAGCCGUGACCACGGAGGCCCCCAACCUGCUGGUGGUCCAGAGUGGGGCAGCCGAGGACUUGCUGGCGGGCCCGGGGCCCGGGGACCCGGGUGAGGGCGAGGCCGCGGCGGGUGUGGUGCAGGACGUGCUCUUUGAGACGCUGCAGACUGACGAGGGCUUGCAGAGCGUCCUGGUGCUGAGCGGGGCGGACGGCGAGCAGACCCAGCUGUGUGUGCAGGAGGUGGAGACCCUCCCCUCGGGGCUGGCCGAGCCGCCGGCUCCCGGGCCUCCGGGCCAGAAACUGCUCAUCAUCCGCAGCGCCCCGGCCGCGGAGCUGCUGGAGAACAGCGGCGUGGGGGGCGGGGCGACCACGCUGCAGCUGCUGGCCCCGCCGCCCAGCCCGGCCUCGGCCCCCGCCGGCAUGCCCGCGGCUCCCGCCUCCCAGAUGCUACAGGUGGUCCCCUCGGGAGCCGCGCCGGGGGGCAUGGCCGCGCAGGGCCUACCCUCCAUCCAGAUCGUCCAGACUCUGCCCGCGGUCCAGCUGGUGCACACAUUUUAAGUAGAACCACUGGCCCUCUUCCCGCCUCUCACACCGACCCGUCACGCUGCCUGGGCUGGGCCGGGGCAGGAGAGCCGCGGCCGGGCUUGCUAAUAAAGACCAGCGUCUCCUCGCC